AUGUUGCUCGACCAUCCUGGAUCGAAUUGUCAGAACCACGGAAAUUUUUCCCGGCACUGUGCACGCCAAGAGAUCCCGGUGUGCGCCGGCUGCAGUCAGCACAUCGUGGACCGCUUCAUCCUCAAGGUGCUGGACCGCCACUGGCACAGCACGUGCCUCAAGUGCAGCGACUGCCACGCGCAGCUCACGGACAAGUGCUUCAGCAGGGGCGACAGCGUGUACUGCAAAGAGGACUUCUUCAAGCGGUUUGGAACAAAAUGCGCAGCCUGUCAGCAAGGCAUUCCGCCGUCCCAGGUGGUGCGGAGGGCGCAGGACUCCGUGUACCACCUCCACUGCUUCUCCUGCAUCGUCUGCAAGAGGCAGCUGGCCACGGGCGACGAGUUCUACCUGAUGGAAGACAGCAGACUCGUGUGCAAGGCUGACUACGAGACGGCCAAACAGAGAGAGGCGGACUCCACGGCGAAGAGACCACGGACAACCAUCACCGCCAAGCAGCUGGAGACCCUGAAAACCGCCUACAAUAACUCCCCCAAACCGGCCAGACACGUGAGGGAGCAGCUGUCCUCGGAAACCGGCCUCGACAUGAGGGUCGUGCAGGUGUGGUUCCAGAACCGGAGAGCCAAGGAGAAGAGGCUGAAGAAGGAUGCGGGGCGGCAGAGGUGGGGGCAGUUCUUCCGGAACAUGAAGCGGUCGCGGGGCGGCUCCAAAUCAGACAAAGACACCCUGCAGGAUGAGGGCAUGGACAGUGACGCGGAGGUGUCCUUCGCAGACGAUCCCUCCGUGGCUGAGAUGGGCCAUCCUAACGGGGUCUACCACGGGAUGAACGAGUCCGCCCCCUCGCUGGGGAGACAAGGAGGCGGUCACGGCCCCUUCCCGCUGGAGCACGGGGUCAUCCAGGGCCAGGAUCCGUACAGGGACGUCCGCUCUGGCAGCCCCUACACCCUGCCCCACUCCCCCGGCUCCCUCCCCAGCCUCCCCCCAAACCCACCCAUCAUGUCCGGCCUGGGGUACCCCGAAUCGGGGCUGUCCAUCAUGACCCCGGGCGGAGCGGCUGGGAUGGGACACGGCGUGCGGGGCAUAGGCGGGCCCAGCGGACCCAGUUCGGACGUGUCCACGGGGAGCAGCGGGGGUUACCCUGACUUCCCAGCCAGCCCGGCGUCCUGGCUGGAUGAGGUGGACCACGGGCAGUUUUGA